CUCCCGGGACUGCCCGGCUUUUCCCGCCCUUCACUGGCCUCCGGAGAAGGGUCAGAGUUCACGCCCUUCUCUGGAGAUACCUGCUCCAAGCCGGGGAUGCGGGGACUAGUAGGUGGCGGAUGUCCUUCCUGUCCUGAAACUUAAGGGACAAAGGACAAACUCUACAACUGUUAGCUCUAAGAGCUGGGAGGCGGGAAGAGGUUGUGUGGGCGGGGUCAGGGGUGAAAGGUCAGAGGGGCUGCGAAGGGGCGGAGCCAGCCGGAGGCGGAUGGCGGCUGUGGCGGCUUAUCUGCUUCAGCGGCAGAGGCGCUGAAGCUGGGACGCGGGUCGGGCGUGUCCGGCGGUGGGAGGAGAGCGGCGGCCGCUCCCAACAUGCACAGUCUGGCAACGGCUGCGCCUGUGCCUACUGCACUGGCUCAGGUGGAUAGAGAAAAGAUCUAUCAGUGGAUCAAUGAGCUGUCCAGUCCUGAGACAAGGGAAAAUGCUUUGCUGGAGUUAAGUAAAAAGAGAGAAUCUGUUCCUGACCUUGCACCCAUGCUGUGGCAUUCAUUUGGUACUAUUGCAGCACUUUUACAGGAAAUUGUAAAUAUUUAUCCAUCUAUCAACCCACCCACCUUGACAGCACACCAGUCUAACAGAGUUUGCAACGCUCUGGCAUUAUUGCAAUGUGUAGCAUCACACCCAGAAACCAGGUCAGCAUUUCUUGCAGCACACAUCCCACUUUUUUUGUACCCCUUUUUGCACACUGUCAGCAAAACACGUCCCUUUGAGUAUCUUCGGCUAACCAGUCUUGGAGUUAUUGGGGCCCUGGUGAAAACAGAUGAGCAGGAAGUAAUCAACUUUUUACUGACAACAGAAAUUAUCCCUUUGUGUUUACGCAUUAUGGAAUCUGGAAGUGAACUUUCUAAAACGGUUGCCACAUUUAUCCUCCAGAAGAUCCUCUUAGAUGACACUGGUUUGGCUUAUAUAUGUCAGACGUAUGAGCGUUUCUCCCAUGUUGCCAUGAUCUUGGGUAAGAUGGUCCUGCAGCUAUCCAAAGAGCCUUCCGCCCGUUUGCUGAAGCAUGUAGUAAGAUGUUACCUUCGACUCUCAGAUAAUCCCAGGGCACGUGAAGCACUGAGGCAGUGCCUCCCUGACCAGCUGAAGGACACGACCUUCGCCCAGGUGCUAAAAGAUGACACCACCACUAAACGCUGGCUUGCACAACUCGUGAAGAACCUGCAAGAGGGCCAGGUCACCGAUCCCCGGGGUAUCCCCCUGCCCCCUCAGUGAUCCUCCCCCGUCCCCUCCCACUACUCCCCCAAGUUGGGGAAGGGAGGGGGAACCUGCGAGGAAUACAGCUCAGGUUUUAUCGCCGACUGGGAAUAGACGACCUCAAUGCUGAACUGCACUGGAGAAGAGGGGCACGGUACCCCUGCUGAGGUGUAUGAGCUGCCAUCAGGCUGCCUUGAGGACCUGGGCUCCUUCUGCUACUCCCAGGAAACGGGCUCCUGACACAGUGUUCUGCCACCACAGCCAAGGAGGGUGUCAACACCAGCAAAUGCUGUAUUUGCAGCAUGCCCAAGAUGAUCGUUCUCCCUCACCUCUACCCAGCCACUGGCAGGGAGGGGAGACAGUGGUGACAGCAGCAGCACUCUAGGCAUGGUGAACACCUGGGACCAAGCCAUGUGGCGUUUUCUUAUUUUGCCUUCCUGGAAGACUCAAGAUAUGUCUCUUCAUCCUCUCUCUCAGUAUUUGUUUACUUUGGUUUUUUGUUUUUAAUCUCAGAGAGAGGUGUAUUUAGUGGACACAAGCUGUAAUAUUCAGCAAAACUUUGUCAGUUGGUACUGUUUACAAGUCUGUUAGAUGCGUAAGCUCAAUAAAAAGUUGGUCUGGGCAUUACAUCCCCUCUAGCAGGCCAGUAGCUGCAUGAGCUGUUGGGAGGAAUGGGAGGCAGGGGAAGGAUAUAAAGCCAAAGGACAGCAGGAACCCACCACCUGUUUCCCUUCCCUUUCGCAUUCUUUUACCCCUAGUUCUGGAUGCCAUAAGGACCUUAACCUUGCUUUUGGCUUUAGCUGCUAGCAUUUCCAAAUCUCCGUGCUUUUCCCUUCUUCACUUACCUCCUAUUAAACUUAAAACAGACGUCUUAAUUCAUCAGGCUGUCCUGGAAGGGUAUUGUAUUGGGGGAGGAGAGGAGAUGGUGGACGUCACCUUCAGUUCAAGUCCUCAAAGAUAUUUUCUAGAUGACUUUUAAAAGGGAGGUGUCUGUGCUUAAGAUGAUAGGCUGCUUGAUCCUAUUCUUUGCCCUAGUGUGAAUCUACAGUUCCAUCUGUCUUCGUGAUUGUACUUGAAGCAGUAUUAGCUGAAUGAGUUAAUUUUAUUCAGAUUUAAGAUAGAGGGCUGGACUCUGCUUCCUCACUUAUUCCGUCUUUUUUUUUUUUUUUUUUUUUUGACACAUUCCCCUUUGGUCUAUGGGAAUUACAGGGUUGCCACUAAAAUAUUUUACACAUUUUCAUAUUGUGUCAGAGAAUCCGCCUUCCUGCUCUGGAGCUUUAGGUGACUCUAUUCACAAUCCAGAGGCUUGAAUCUGCAGUGUAAACUGCCUUGCUUUCCCCCAGUCCUUCCCCCUGCCAUCACCUGCUUUCUCUGUCUCUAAUCCCCAUCUCCAGUCAAAGAUGGGAUUAUUAACCCAACUAGAGAGAGACCAAGUAUUUUUGGCCCACAUCUCACAUGAUUGAAGGUGUCCCUGAAUACAUUUGGGGAGGGUUUAUAAGGGGCAGGCUCAGAGAAACCUUUGCAGAGGCAGUUUGCCAACCCAAGGGCUCUUUCAAGCCGACUUUCACAAAGGGAGCCGGCUUGUUAGUUGGCUUCUGUCUCUUUAGAGCCAAGAAAGUAGUAAUUAAGUAGCCUAGUUGUAGAAAGGGUCGGAUAAGCACUUAUUCCCCUGCUUUCCAAAAUGAAGAGGAGAACCAGGCCAGCUCUCACUAAUCUCAAGCCUGAAGAGAAGAGGUCUUGGAGAAAUCAGAGAACAGCAUGGACUGGAUAAAUGUCUUGACUCCCUUCAGCCCAUAGUUUUGACCUGGAAAGUCCAGCUAGGGUAAUCCUGAUUUUUGCCAACCGCCUUCCUUCUGAGCCAAAGUUUUCUCAUUCCCCCUCCUCUGGGGAAGCAGCUGAGGGCCAGGCCUUGCUCCCUGAAAAAUUCUCUUCUGCAUCUUUCGGUGCAUUGGCCAUUGUACUGUGCCAAUAGUAUCUUAAUUCUUGUACCAUCUAUUCUCAGCUGGCCUUGGACCCCAUGUAGGAGUUGCGGGGAGGGGUGGAAAUGGGUAUUGUUCCCUGUAGUUGAUCCUGAUGUCCUGUGUGUAUAAAGAGGACCCCUCCCCCGCCCCGCAUUUUCUGUGUUCCAUCCUCACUCCGUCAACAGGAUUGAAAUAAAACAUGCUUCUGUUUUUGUAACAAUAAUUUUUCUUUUAAACUGGAGAUUUUAUUUUGUCAAUAUCGAGGUAUCUAGGCACUGUGGUCAGAUGAUCCUCAUCAACCUUGCCUCUACCUCUGUUGAACAACACACACACACUGCCAAGAGGGCAGUGAUGGUUCCUUUCUAGAUAGGUUCUUUGGGAGAAGAUUACUGAUGUAUAAAAGCUGUUUGCAAGGCUGAGAUGGUGCCCUUUUUCUGACAAAGUAUCUCUUGCUGGGACAGAACCUCAUUCCUGGCUGUAGUAGCCAGAACAGUACUAGUGUGGGAGAGACUUCUAUAAAUGAAGAGGUAAAGCUUGAAACAUUUUAUCAAAGACUUUAAUAUUCAUUUCCUUCCAGGGUUCAAGACUUAGAGCACAUCUCCAGAGUUGUUUCCAUCCCUGUUCCUGGCUCUUAAUGGGCGAGAGCCAACCUCUGCUUCCAGCUUCUUUUUUCCAAGGGUUGAGGGUCUUCAUUUCAAUGAUGGAACAGGGCAAGGAGAGGCAUUGGUAGCCUUCAGAGCUUCCUUACUAGCUAUAUGUAUGAUUCCCUUGCUCACUAUUCCUGCUGCUCAAAGGCUGGGCAAGUAUGAGGGGGAGAGGGGGAAUACACAAAGUUAAUUGCUAUCAAAAGUCCAAGGAAAACAUUUAAAAUAGGAAACCACAUUUUCAUAUUGUGUCAGAGAAUAGAAUGAAAUGAGAUUGUUCUUUCCAGAAUGUUGUGGAAUUUAAAUUUUUUUAAUAAUACAUUUAUUUUAAAACCAGAUAUAAUAGGUAAGUUGAACAACACAAUCCUAGCUUAACUGACAUAUAUAGAACACUGUCACUGAACCAACAGUAUACAUAUUUUUAAUAGCACCAAAAGCUUUUUCCAAAAUUGAUCAUAGCUGGACCAUCAAGUAAGCCUCAGGAAAUUUCCAGAAUAAUUGAAAAUAAUACAGUGUUCUCUGAACACAGUGGGAUUAAGCUAGGGAAAAACAACAACAACAACAACAACUGGAAAGUCCCUAACUGUUUAUAAAACAGGCAGUAGAGUUCUAAAUAACCCACUGGUCACAGAAAAAAAAGCACAAAGGAAAUAAAAAAAAUUAACUGGUAAUAAAGAUAUGCCAUAUCAAAACCUGUGGUAUACAGGUAAAGCACUAAAAUAUAUAACUUUAAACUCACACAUUACAAAAGAAAGGCUGAAGUCAGUGAUCUAAGUUUUCACGUCAAGAAACUGGGAAAGAAUAGCAAAUUCAAAAGGUAGAAGGAAGAAUGCAGAAAAAAAAAAGCAAUGAAAUAGAAAACAGAUGUACAAUAAGGAAAAUCAGUGAAGCCAAAAGUCAUUCCCUCAAAAACAGUAAAACUGAUAAACCCAUAGACUGAUCAGGAAAAAAACCUCAACAUUAGAAAUGAAAAAAGAGGGACUUCCCUGGUGGUCCAGUGGUUAAGAAUCUGCCUUCCAAUGCAGGGACGCAGGUUCGAUCCCUGGUUGGGGAACUAAGAUCCCUCAUGCUACGGGGCAACUAAGCCCACAUGCCACAACUAGAGAGCCCGCGUGCUCUGAAGUCCGUGUGCCACAACUAAGACGUGAUGCAGCCAAAAAUAAAAUAUUUUUUUAAUGGAAAAAGGGACAUCAUUUAUAUCUUAGAGUCACCAGUAUCAUAAACUUCCACAAACUAUAGAAAAGGGGAACAGAUCUCAAUUCACUUCUUUAAAAUAUAUAUAUUUAUUUGGCUGCACCAGGUCUUAGUUGUGGCACACGGGAUCUUUAGUUGCGGCAUGCGGGCUCUUAGUUGUGGCAUGCGGGAUCUAGUUCUCUGACCAGGGAUCAAACCCGGGCCCCCUGCAUUGAGAGCAUGGAGUCUUAACCACUGGACCAUCAGGGAAGUCCCUCAAUUCACUUUUGAAGCAGUAUAACCCAGCCACCAAAACUAUCAAAGAUAUCACCAGAAAGGAAAACCAGGUGCUAAUCUCUCCCGGGAAUGUUAAUGUAAAACUGCCAGACAAAAUAAGCAAGUCAAAUCUAGUGCUAUAUAAAAAUGAUAAUAGGUCAUAUCUAAUUUGGGUUUACUGCAAAAAUACAAGAUUGAUUCAACACUUGAAAACUAAUGGAUUCAAUUCACACAACAUGUAAGGAGAAAAAUCAAUCUAGACAGAUGCAGGAAAGAACACUAUUCAACAGCUAUUCAUGGUUUUAAAAAACUUUGAAAACGAGAAAUAGAAGGGUAUAUCCUUAAUCUCAUAAAAAUCUUACAUAUGUAUGUAGAUAGGUUAAAUAUAGGUAGGUAGGUUAAUUGAUUACACAAAUAUAUAUGUGUGUGUGUGUGUAAUCACUUUGACCCAAAAUAAAAUUUAAUUAUAAUUUAAAGAAGUUAAAAGUUUCAUAUUCAUGAAAACAAAAAAAAUUUUUUAAUAAAAUAAAAAUCUUAAUAAAAACCGUACAGUAAACCUCUCAAUGAUAAAAUAUUGAAAUCAUUCUCCAUGAGAUGAGGAAUAAGAUAAGGAUGUCCACUAUCACAACUCCGUAUACCAUUAUACUGGUCCCAGCCAGUGUGAUUAGUCAAGAAAAUAAAAGAAGGGACUUCCCUGGUGGUCCAGUGGUUAAGACUGUGCUCCCAAUGCAGGGGGCCUGGGUUCAACCCCUGGUCAGGGCUCUAGCCCGCAUGCUGCAACUAAAGAUCCCGUGUGCCAUAACUAAAGAUCCCUCAUGCUGCAACUAAAGACCCCGCAUGCUGCAACUAAAGAUCCCGCAUGCUGUAACUAAAGAUCCCUCAUGCUGCAACUAAAGAUCCCGCAUGCUGCAACUAAAGAUCCCGCAUGCUGCAACUAAGACCCAGCAAGCCAAAUAAAUAUUUCUUUUAAAUUAAAAAAAUUUUUUAAUUAAUAAAAGAUUUUUUAAAAAGAAAAGAUUAUAAAGGAACAAAAAAAGUGGUGACAACAUAAUUGUGUAUGUAAAUAAUCCAAAAGGAUCUACAGACUCUUAGGAUUAAGUGAAUUUAGCAAGGUCACAGAAUACGAAGUCAAUAUACUGCCCCCCAAAAAUCAAUUAUGUGUUUCUAAAUUUAAAAUUUUUUUAAUUAAUAAAGAUUUUUUAAAAAUAAGAUUAUAGAUACAAUAAAUCGAAAAUGAAAUUUCAAAAAUAUGUUGUUUAUAAUAGGAUAACAAAUAGCUAGAAAUAUCAAUAGAUUUAUCAAAAGAUAUGCAGAAUCUUUACAUUGAAAACAAUGAAACAUUCUUGAAAGAAAGACUGACAGGUGUGUGGUCAAAUCAUGUAUAGUCAAUUCACCAAAUAUUUUUCUUCCUUGUUAUAGGUUAGCUUCUGUCUGUUGGAAGCAAAGGGGAAACUUGCCUAUGUUCUCAGCUAUUUGGAAAUCUCACUGUGAAAGUUUCACAAUAACUUAGUUUUAUUUCUUGAAAUUGUAUAUAAGAUAACAUUAGAUUUGAGAAGCAUUUUUAACCCUGAUGAAAUUUCAGGGAUGACUUUAUGAUCUGACAAUAACAUAAAUGAAUACAUUUUGAAAAUUAAAAAAAUUGAAAUGCCUUAAAUGUAAAAAAAAAAAAAAAAAAGACAAAGAUGAA